UGGUGGAAUUUUCACAGGUUCAUGCAAAUUCAAAUAACUGCGGCGUUUUGUACGUUUAUUCAAAUUGACUUUUAGGUUAUCCAUAUUUUUUUUUUUUCUAAUUUUUUGUAUUUAUGGUGUUCUUGUCAAUUCAUGCGUUUACGUCGGUCGUUCACUAUUGUAAUAUUACGUUUAGCGCAAUCCUAUUUUUUUUCUAUAUUUUAUUCACUGUAUUGGGGUUUUGCAGAAGGAUUGCUGCUUCCACUGAGUUUUAGGUAAUUUUUGUGGACAGCCGCCGGCUGCACAAGAUUGCUUCUAGGUCUUAGCGCAGUUUCUUUCCUUUUUUCCAGGUGAGCUUCCCUGACUGGCGAGUCGAGCGACUGACUGCCCACUGUGCCCAGUGUUCUGCUCCUCCAGGCUACCGAAGCACCUCCACAUCCUGCCUCUACUUUGGCAAGGAAGGAAUCAGUCCACACACACACAUAGUGUGGUCAUGGCGAGCGGAGGAACGGAGGAGCUUGAACGCCCCGCGUCGUUUAAAUCUCCUGUAUGGGAUCAUUUUGGCUUCCCUGUGAAAUAUGAUCAUGAGGGAAAGAGGAUGGUAGAUAAAACCAUGACGGCGUGUAGGCACUGUGGCACAAGAAAGCCAUACGAUAGUGGAAACACGUCAAGUAUGGCCACGCAUUUGAAGCGUCAUCACCCCGGUGUUCCACUGACAGUCACAGGAGUGAAAAAAGCUGUUCAGCAACCACUCAUCACCGCAGCAUUUAAACAGCCCCUUAUUCCACAAUCGGACCGGGCUAAAGCCAUUACAAAAGCGAUCGGCGUGUUUAUGGGUGCAGAUAUGAGGCCAUAUUCCAUUGUGCAGAACGAGGGCUUUAAGCACAUGCUUAACGUGCUUGAGCCACGUUACAACAUCCCGUCGCGCAUCCACUUCAGCGAAAAGGUUGUGCCAGAACUUUAUGAACAGGAGAAGAAAAAAGUCGUGGAUGAACUAUCCCAAGCAUCGUCUGUUGCGCUCACGACAGACGGGUGGACGUCCAGGGGAACAGAGAGCUAUAUAACAAUAACCGCUCACUUCAUCACGGCAGACUGGGAGAUGAGAAGUCCGGUGCUGCAGACACGCCCCCUCUACGAGAGUCACACAAGCGCUCAUCUUGCGCAGGUGCUGACAGAAGCGGUGGACGAAUGGAAGCUAAAGAGGCCCAGUACCAAUAUCCCAGUCACAACUGACAAUGCCAAAAACCAAGUUAAUGCCGUGAUUGAGGCAGGACUGGGCCCACAGAUAGGGUGUUUUGCACAUGUCGUAAAUUUGGCAUCUCAAAAGGGAAUCUCUGUCAGUAGGAUGGACCGCCUCCUUGGGAGGAUCAGGAAGGUGGUUUCCUAUUUCCACCGAAGCACAACAGCUGCCCAUGUGCUUAAAACAAAGCAAGAAAUGCUAAAGCUGCCUAAACACAAGCUCAUAAAUGAUGUGCCAACCAGGUGGAACUCCACUUAUGAUAUGCUGGAGCGUUAUCUGGAGCAGCAGGCAGCUAUAUACUCUGCACUGACUGACAAGACCCUAAAGAAAAUUGUCAAGGACAUCAUUACCCUGUCUGAUGAUGAUGUGAGAGUGGCAGAGGAGGUCCUCCAGGUGCUUCAACCCCUCAAGAUGGUAACAUCUCUUCUGAGCACUGAAAGUUCACCAUCUGUAUCGAUGAUCAUGCCCCUAAAAACAAGGAUUCUACAAUCCAUGGCUCCAGGUGUGGAAGACAGCACCAUCACACAAGAUGUCAAGACUGCCAUUAGAGAGGACCUGCAGCCCAGAUACACUUCACCCCCUACUCUACAGGACUACCUUCACAGAUCUACUGCCCUGGAUCCAAGGUUCAAGUCCCUGUCUCACAUGGACCCUGCCCUACGCCAGAGGACAUACAGUGACCUCACCACCGAGAUUGUGAGCAGUCUGGGCACUAAAGACUGUGAUGAGGGUCAAGCUCAAGCUGCAGAGCCAACAGGAGCAAACUUGGACUCAUCAUCUCCUCCACAAAAGAAGUCGGCGAUGGCAGAGCUUUUUGGAGAGACCUUUGCCAGCAAAGACAACAAGACUUCUGCUGACAUCAUCAAAGAGGAGGUGGAAUCCUAUCUGCUGGCAGCAAGCGGCAUUACAGUGGAUGGUGAUCCGAUGACAUGGUGGAAAAGCAAUGAGUGUAAAUACCCUCAUGUUGCCAAGAUGGCAAGAUGCUAUCUCGCUGUGCCAGGCUCUUCAGUUCCUUCUGAGAGGGUGUUCUCAACAGCAGGGGACAUAGUUACUGCACAGAGGUCCACACUCUCCCCAGAGCAUGUAGACAUCCUUGUCUUUUUGAAAAAGAAUUUGAAAUUAUAAGCUCAGGAAUGCUUUGCUUUCUUUCUUUUAUUCUUCUUUGAUGUGGACAUAUUAGGCUUUCACUAUCCAUGUUUCAAGAAAGAAGAUAUGUUGCACUUUUAGUUGUUUUUGGCUCUUUGCCCAUCGGCCCAUGUCUCAAGGAAGAAGACAUGCCUUUAUGUUGCACUUUAAGUUAUUUUUGGCUCUUUGCCCAUUGGCCCAUGUCUCAAGGAAGAAGACAUGCCUUUAUGUUGCACUUUAAGUUAUUUUUGGCUCUUUGCCCAUUGGCCCAUGUCUCAAGGAAGAAGACAUGCCUUUAUGUUGCACUUUAAGUUAUUUUUGGCUCUUUGCCCAUUGGCCCAUGUCUCAAGGAAGAAGACAUGCCUUUAUGUUGCACUUAAAGUUAUUUUUGGCUCUUUGCCCAUUGGCCCAUGUCUCAAGGAAGAAGACAUGCCUUUAUGUUGCACUUUAAGUUAUUUUUGGCUCUUUGCCCAUUGGCCCAUGUCUCAAGGAAGAAGACAUGCCUUUAUGUUGCACUUUAAGUUAUUUUUGGCUCUUUGCCCAUUGGCCCAUGUCUCAAGGAAGAAGACAUGCCUUUAUGUUGCACUUAAAGUUGUUUUUCAUUAUGUUAAACAGAAGAUAUUAUGCCUUGUGCACCGUAACUUGAUUUUAUAUAAUUUCAAAGUAAUUUAAGAGUGUUAAUAAACAAAAAGACAAAACUUUUGUUUGUCUUGUGUUUUUUUUUUU